AUGAGUUUACGUCGUUGCCUUCAUUAUACCAGAAGAUUGCAAAACUUGUCGCAAGAUGCACUGAUACCACCAACCAGUUAUAAGUUUCAUGAUAAGUUUCCACAGUCCACGGCGAAUCAAGUAGUGAUUAAAAAGACUAUUACCAAUCUACAAGAUUCUCUGCAGACAAUGAAAUUGACUCAACUUGAAGAAAAUCCAUUAGAGGAAAGUUUAGACACAAAUUUGGAGAAAGCCUCAGUUGCUACUAAGCCGCAAAUUCGAAAUUUUAUCAGUGUAGCAGAUUACUUCUCAGGUAACCAGCACCAUCUUCAUCAUGUAUUUUAUUCCAACUUGAUCAAUGAGCGAUCUCGUCGUGCGCAAAAGAUUGAGCACAAGAAGUUUAUUGAUUUAAAGAUUAUUAAAUGUUCUACGGGAGCUGGUGGUAAUGGAUGUGUUGCCUUUUUCCGGGAUAACUUGACUACCCUGGGUCCUGCCGAUGGAGGAGAUGGUGGUUCUGGUGGGAAUGUUUAUGUCAAAGUUGUUGAUUCCGGACAUAAUUCCUUGCAUUAUAUUCAGCGAGCAUAUGUUGCUAAAAAUGGUACACCGGGCAAAGGAUCACAAUUGGAUGGUAAGAAUGGAGAAGAUGUUGUUAUAGAAGUUCCUGUGGGCACAGUUAUUAGAUGGAUUCCUGAUCCAAUGGAGUUUAAAAAGCACGUGACUCGGAAAGAGGGAGAUGAGUUGGAGGAUGUUUAUAUGGAAAUGGAAUUGGCUCAUGAGAAUUAUGGUGGCUAUUUUGAUGACUUUAACAGAGUGCAGUUGAGUAGAGAUAGUUAUAAGCCAGGGGAUGGAUGGAUUGUUAAAGAGCACGAUCGAGAAUAUUAUGAGGCAAAAGAUUAUUUCCAGGAGCUUAAUAAGAAAGUUUCGAAAUAUGAAAAAGAGAUUGAACAUGAGGAAAGGAUGCAAGAUCAAUUCCCAUUAUUUGGUUUGGAUUGUGAUCAAGUUACACAGAAACCUAUAUUGCUUUUGAGGGGAGGACGUGGUGGGUUAGGAAAUAUGCAUUUCAUUACUCCCAACAUUAGGAAUCCCAGGUUUUGCAAGAUUGGACGUGCUGGAAUCACUGCGCAUUUUUUGUUGGAAUUGAAAUUGAUUGCGGAUUUGGGGCUUGUUGGUUUACCCAAUGCUGGGAAGCUGAGUCUUCUUCGAGCUAUUUCAAGAGCAAAGCAGAGGGUUGGUGAUUGGGAGUUUACUACGUUGCAGCCCACGAUUGGUGUUAUUCAGCAUCGUAUUGACUCUGAGCCAUUUACGGUAGCAGAUAUUCCUGGUAUAAUUAAGGGUGCUUCAGAAAACAAGGGUAUGGGUUUGGAUUUCUUGCGUCAUAUUGAAAGGUCUGGAGGGUUGGUGUUUGUAGUGAGUUUGGAACUGGCGGACCCUACCCAAGAUUUGAAAACGUUGAUUGAUGAGGUUGGACCUUUGAGGAUGAAGGAGAAAAAAGUUUUGGUUGUUGCCACCAAGGCCGACUUGAGUGAGAAUGGCGAGAGUUUUAGUGUUUUGAGACUGUAUUUGAAUGAAAAUCGUCCUGAAUGGAAGAUUGUGCCUGUUUGUGCGCCAAACGGAGAGAAUAUUGAAAGGUGUUUGGAUUUGAUGAGUGAAGUCGCCAAGAAAGAAACAAAGUGA